AUGGAGGACCCCGUCAUCCGCAUCCCCCCCUACCACUACGUCCACGUGCUGGACCUCAACAGCAACGUCACCCGCGUGGAGGUCGGGCCCCAAACCUACGUCCGCCAGGACCAUGAGAGGUGGGUGCUGUGGGGUGGGGGGGGCAUGUCUCUGGGCGUCACCCCACUGCAGGUGGUGCUGGCCGACACCGCCCUGCGCCUGCGGGCCCUGCUCGACUUCGAGGCCGAGGACGGGACGCGGGUGGUGGCGGGCGACGAGUGGCUCUUCGAGGGCCCCGGCACCUACGUCCCCCGCAAGGAGGUGGAGGUGGCCGAGACGCUGCAGGCCACCGUCAUCGGCCACAACCCGGGUGCCUACCUACCCGGGGUCUACGAGGAGGUGGUUGACGUCGUGGAUGCCUACAUCCUCACCGACAAGAAAGCCCUGCACCUGCGGGCGACGCGGACCUUCGAGGACGAGCGGGGCCGGGUGCGGCGGACGGGGGAGGAGUGGCUGGUGACCCAGGCCCAGAGCGAAGCGUACAUCCCCGAGGUGUUCGAGGAGGUGGUGGCUGAGGUGACGGUGACAACGGUGGGACCCCGGCAGUACUGCGUGGUGCUCGACCCCGUGGGGCCCGACGGGCAGCCCCAGCUGGGCCAGCAGCGCGUUAUCAAGGGGGAGAAGUCCUUCUUCCUGCAGCCAGGCGAGCGGCUCCAGGCUGGCAUCCAGGAUGUCUACGUGCUCUCCGAGGACGAGGGCCUGCUGCUCCAGGCGCUCCAGACCAUCAAGGACACCGAUGAGGAGGGGACGGAGGUGACGCGGCGGGCGGGUGACCGCUGGCUGGCCCGGGGCCCCCUCGAGUACGUGCCGCUGGCCGAGGUGGCCGUGCUGGAGCGACGCCGGGCCGUGCCCCUCGCUGACAACGAGGGCAUCUACGUGCGCGACAUCCGCACUGGCAAGGUGCGGGUGGUGACGGGCCAGACCUACAUGCUGACGGAGGCCGAGGAGCUGUGGGAGAAGGAGCUGCCCCCCGCAGUGGAGGCGCUGCUGGCCGAAGCCCAGGGAGGCACCCACGGCGCCGAUAUCGGGGGCCGCUCCUCCUCCAGCCCGGACCUCGGGGUCCCCCAACGUGACCGCACCCGCGCCGUCACCUACCAGGUCCCCCACAACGCCGCUGUGCAGGUCUACGACUACCGGGAGCGGCGAGCGCGGGUGGUGCUGGGCCCCGAGCUGGUGGUGCUGGGCCCCGGGGAGCAGCUGACGGUCCUGUCCCUCUCAGCCGGCCGCCCCAAGCGUCCCCACGCCCGCCGCAGCCUCUGCCCCCCCCUCGACCCCAAGGCCCUGGGGCGCCUCUUCAGCGUCCCCGACUUCGUGGGCGACGCCUGCAAGGCCCUGGCUUCCCGCGUGCGCGGUGCCGUGGCCGCCGUCACCUUUGACGACUUCCACAAGAACUCCAAUCGUCUCAUCUGCUCGGCCGUCUUUGGCUUCGAUGACGGCGGGCGGCUGCGGCAGCAGGUCCGCUUCGCCCCCAACGGGCUGGUGGUGACGAGCGUCGACAUCCAGAGCGUGGAACCUGUGGACCAGCGCACCCGUGACGCCCUGCAGCGCAGCGUCCAGCUGGCCAUUGAGAUCGCCACCAACUCCCAGGAGGCCGCUGCCAGGCACGAGGCGGAGCGGUUGGCGCAGGAGGCCCGGGGACGCCUGGAGCGCCAACGGUUCCUGGAUCAGGCGGAGGCUGAGCGGGCGCGCAGAGAGCUGCUGGAGCUGGAGGCCCUCAGCGCGGCGGUGGUGAGCGCGGGGGCGGCGCGAGCGGAGGCACAGGCCCAGGCGGAGGCUGCCCGCAUCGAGGGCGAAGCCGCCAUCCUCCAGGCCAAGCUGAAGGCUGAGGCCAACGGCAUUGAGACG